UUUUUUAAAAAAAAGACAAUUUUGAAGGCUGAAUUAUCUAUUCCUUCAGUUCCAGGAUGAGCAAAAAUGCAGCAGAAACUGCAUUCUGUCUUUUUUAAAAACCUUGCAACAGCAAAUUGUAACAAAACAAGUGCAGAGAAAGUACAUCAUGCCCAUAGCUGUGCCUUGUUGGAGGCAGCAAUGGAACGGUUUGGAGUGAAAUCCGCCCCGUCCCGUAACCGCUCCAAGACUGCCCUGUACGUGACCCCUCAGGACCGAGUGACUGAGUUUGGGAAUGAGCUCCAUGAGGAUGGAGGGAAGCUCUUCUGCACUUCCUGCAACGUGGUCCUGAACCACGUCCGAAAAUCUGCCAUCAACGACCACCUCAAGUCCAAAACACACACCAAGAGAAAGGCGGAGUUCGAGGAGCAGAACGUCAGGAAGAAGCAGAGGACUCUCACUGCCUCCCUGCAGUGCAACAGCACUGCCCAGACAGAGAAAUCCAGUGUCAUCCAGGACUUUGUGAAAAUGUGCCUGGAAGCCAAUAUCCCUCUGGAGAAGGCUGAUCAUCCCUCUGUGAGAGCCUUCCUGUCCCGCCACGUUAAGAACGGCAGCUCCAUACCCAAGUCAGAGCAGCUCCGGAAGGCUUAUCUGCCUGAUGGCUAUGACAACGAGAACCAGCUCAUCAACACCGAAGACCGCUGAGAAGGAAACUGUUUUCAUCAUUGUUGUGAAGUUUUACAUAUUGAUGGUGUGGUUUAUUUUUAUAUUCAUGCAUAUAUACAGUGUUACAUAUUGAUUUUACAAGCUAUUUUGUAUUCUUGUAGAAAUGACAAUCUAUUCCUGGACUUAGUGGUGUGCCACAGAUUGUUACUGACCCUGCUGUGGACUUCAGAACUCCUGAUGAAUGUAGGGAACAUUCCUGGCGUACAUCUGAUCUCUGCCCGGUCCAGCAGUAACUGAUGCUGAGAUAAAGGCACUUGGAUGGAGGACCUAAACAGUGCAUCCAAAUAUCUGUGGAAGAUGGUGUGGUAGGGAUUGUUAAUGAUGUCACUGGAUUGCUUUGUCUGGUAUCCUGUCCCUGAGUGACCAAGAAGUGGUACUGCACGUUUGAACUGCAAGAAGCUGUAGAAUGGUUAAUUAAAAUGUGACUGCUCUGUUGGGGGAAGACUGUUGCAGCUUUCUACUCCAGUUUGGUUUACCUUUUAAAACAGGAAACCUUUUUUCUUCUAGAAUACUCUCUUAAUCUGGUGCAACUGUGGAUGUAUCCAUUAGCUGGAAUAGCCAGUCUCUUGUGUUGACCUCUGAGCUCCACAGUUCUCACAAGGCUGGGAGUUGUGCAGGUUCACCAUGUCUGCAUUUCUGAAAUCGCUGUUUCAGCAUUUCUAAAAUCACUGUUCUGUUGUCUCAGUUGUUGCCCUUUCAGCUUCAGUGCCAAUCCUUGAAAGCUGAGUAGAUAAACCAAUAACUGAGUGUGGUUUGCAGUGCAGCUGCUGGCAAAUGAACCUUGUGCUGGACCAAGUUCUUAGGGGAGAGGGUUAAUGCCUUUUUCCUACUGGCAGGACUAAGGAUGCAAAAUCUAAAUUGGGGCUGGGGGAGGCACUAAAUUGUGGAGCUGAGAAGGUUUUUUCAUUGUGCACAGGAGAAGAGACUCUUCCAUCUUCCCCUGAAGGUCCUCGACAUCUCCAGCCUUGUCAUCGGCCUUUCAGCCAAGGGCAGUAAAGCGCUUAAAAUCAGUGCUGCAAAGACUGUUCAGUACCUGUAAGCACAAGUAGGGAAGUGUUUAUACUUGGAAGCUAUACUGGAAUUACAGACCUGGGCUAUAUUUCUUGCUCUGUGCUAUGGCCACAUCUGUUGGACUGGCAGAACUAAAAUGGGAAAAGGAAGAAUUUCAGUCAUGUUACCCUCUCCAAACUCUAGUUGAGCCAACUAACCCACUGGAUGCAAGUGCUCUGUAAGAAAUGAGAGAGCAUUGUGCAGAGUGCUGGAAUACAACUGACCUCUGCCUGCUCUAGAUUUCCUGGAGAAGCUCUGGGUUCAGAGAGGUGCCAAGCAGUUUCUGGUAGCACAGAAAUCCUCCCACUCAGUGGAUACAGUGGAGUAAACAUGCUUUAACUCCCUUGGGUGGAGCCAGUUAGCCAGCUUCCUUUCCCCAGCAGAAUUUCACAGUAUUUCUUUUAUUCCAGAUAUUUCCAGCAAUACUCAGUAAUUGCUAAAAAGAGACAAAACAACCUGAUUAUUUUGCUUCUGCAAUUAUUUCCCAAGCUGUUCCUAAAGCAAUCUUUUUUGCUGGGCUGAGAGAGACUUAUGUACUUAGCAAUGACUGGUUUUUUGUGCACUUAGCUUCUGAAGAAAUGCACUUGUGUUACAUGUCCUGCUAAGAAACUCUGGACAAAACCAAAAGCAGGAGGCUGUCCAUCCAUGUGCACCAGGCCAGGGGUACUCAGCCCACUGCUGCACCUCUGGGACUGCACUCAGUCACAUCCAUCCCCUCAGUUGGGUUGGUUGUUGGUCCAGAGCUCCAGACAGAAAUACCAGUAGCAAUUCUUUAAUCCCAGCUAGCAAAAUAUGCCUUCCAAAAUAUCAUUUGCUUUUGCACAAGCUUGGGUUUAGCUUGAAAUCAUGAGCUGCCUUGGGCUAAAACUCUUCUGUAAAUCUUCUUAAGCCAAGCCUUUUCUGUCCUGACGAUAAUUGAAAGUGUUCUUUCACAGCUGCUGUCUCAUUACAGUGAAACAACAUUCUCACUUUAAUCUUUUAUUUUUUUUUAAACCUUAUCAAUGGAAGCAAAUGGAAGACAGUGAAGUGUUGAGAAAACAGGCUUCCGUUAAACAAAAGCAUCUGGAGAAAAGAGGAUGAUUAAAGGGUGUGAUUUUGGGCCAGUUAGCUCAGUUUUUACUAAUGUGGGAUUUUUCAGGCUGCACACCCCCAUAACAAUUUUGGAUAAGAUUCAAUGUUUUAUGUUUUUUCCUUAACUGACAAACUGACAGGCGUUUUGAAAAGCUUAAUGGUGACAUUAAAUAGGGUGUUGCACAGCUUAAAAAAAAUAAAUCAAUUUAUUUUUACAGUUUUACACAAAAAUAAAGAAGUUGGCAACAUCAAGAGUUUUGGUUUAAAAAAGAGAACCUGUCAUUCUCAAUAAGGCAAAGGAAUAUUAGAAUACUUAUUUUCUCAAAAGCUUAUUCUACUUACAGAGCAAUGUCUAUAGAGAGAUUUACAGAAUCAGAGCAAUUCUACAAGUAUUUUCAUUAAUUCUUCUAGUACCAGUUUACUUUUAUGCAGUACAAGCCUGGUGAGGAACGUGAUCAGCAGAGCCGUGGGCGACCGACUCCUGACAGUUUGGAACCAAGAGCUGGUCGUCAGAGUCUUCAGUGGAAUGAACUUAAUUCCACACAGCAGUUUGUAGGACAUUGGUGUCUUAGUAAGGGGAUACUUUCAUUUAAGAAGGAGCUGCAGCAUUUUACAAACUUUUUGAAAAUCCAGAUGCUGGUCCAUUGCAACAAACAUUAAUAAUGGAGUGAAACAAUGAAAAAUAAAGCACUUGCAGGUAACAGACAGAAGAAUGAAUAAGUUAAGUUUAUAAUCAUGGACAUGACUCAAAUCAUCAAGACCAUUCUACUUUUAGAGAAAAUAAGUGUGAGUGGUUCCACUCAGUUGUGGAACAGAGUCCCGCAAACAUUCAAUUUUAGAGCAUAAUUUUUACCAGUGUGGCUACAGUUGGAUAAACUUUUAAUUUAUAAUAACCUUUUAAUUGCUGUUGAUCUGAGGGAAGAUUUACAGCAGAAGUGUUCUGGUAUAUCUAAACUAACUAAUCACUAAAUCCUAGCUCAGAGGCUGUGUGAUUAAGUUAUCAGUCUCUGUGCAAGAACACAUUAUUAUUUUUCUAUGUAUUUCCUGCAAAGAAAAGUACCUUCAGAAGUAAAGGUAGGAUGGUAGCAAUGUCUGCUUUUCACUUUACAUAUGUAGGGACAAGCUAUAAGGGAUACUUGUUGCCAGGUGGUUUUAUUAAUAUAUUUGAACUCUAAAUGUAAUAUUAAAAAAAAAUUAAAAAGAAGAAAUAUUUUCUUCUCUGACCAUGUACUUCAAUCAGUGUAGCCAACUCACAGCUAAAAUUACUGUGAAAUGCUUUCCUUGGAACAACACUUUCAAAGAGUAAAAUAAUGAAAAUGAAAAAACAUGAGCAAGCUUCCAAAUUUUUAAUCAUUUUGAAGCCUCCUUAGGGGAGGUGAAACAUCCAACAUAAUGAAAGGGAAAUCUGUUUUUCAAAACUUGUUCUGCAAAGUACGGGAUAUUUUCAUGAUAGAAGGGCUAUUUUUAGCCAGAGCCCCUUUUAGCAGUUCUGAACUGAACAGUGAAAUGCUCCCUGGUUUUGCAGCAUAAUGAGCUGGUUUUCAGGAAAAAGAAAAGAGAACAAAAAAAAGCUGGAAGUUUGGCAAGGAUAAUCUCUAUAUUUACAUAUAAAGAGAGGCAAGACUCACUGUUGUUGCAUUCACAUUGUACUCACUGCUACUUAACUCUUUGUGUAAUUUGAGUGCUUGUUGUCUUUGUACAAUUUUAAGGUUGUGUCUAACUUUCAAAAUAAAUCUUUUUUUUUAACAAA